CAACAUCUCAAAGAUCUCCAAUCAGCUUCCUCCCAACUCGACUGACCACCACUGAAGUGCCCAUUGUUGUACGACAAGACGACAUCAACACAGCAAUCAUGCAGCCAACGAGGUUAGCGAUGGCGUCCGUCCGCGGACAGAAGCCCAAUGUUACCGGCUUCGAUAUGAGAGCCUUCAAGGAGGCCGCCGGCCAGCCCAGAUACGACCCUUGGGAGAGGGCAGAGGCAUGGAGAUACAAGGGCCCCUUCACGAGGUUCAACCGUUUCAAGGGAUCUUUCCCCGGUCUCGGGAUCGCGACCGUUGCCUUUGCCGGCUAUUGCGCGUUCGAGUACUUCUUCCUGACCGACGACCACCACCACGGCGACAGCCACGGCAAGGACCACCACUAGAGGGCUGCGGACCGAGAGGAAGGAAAGGCGAAGUGGGAGAAGGGGCUGCUCCGAUGUACAUUUACCUCUCGAGCCGGCAGAUCGGCUCGCUGGAUGGGUCUAGACAAGGACGAAAUUGUAUUCCCGCGACCAAGAUGCAAUGCAGCUAUGUGAAGUGCUAGAGAGCUAUACGGUUUCGACGAUGUUUGAGGGUGAGUUGUGGUUGUUGGAAGUUGCGGGAGACUCGUCUUCUCUGCUCCAAGAGCCAUAUCAGCCAUGCGAAGGCAAGAAAACCGGUAGAUUUCCUUUGCUUCGGCGGCGGAUUAGUGGAACACUAGGCUAUGCUAGCUGCUGUGAGGAGAUUAAAAGCUCUCUAUGCUCUUGGUUCCAGACACUAUACUCGAGGCGCUCAACAAUGCAAAGCCGGCAUCACCAACACAGCUGCAAGCUUGGGCCCGAGCGACCAAAGAACAACUUGCGAAGAAUAGGAGACAUCGUCGUUUGGGCCUCGGAACUCGGGCCGACUAACAAUAGUGACCCCCCCUCCCCCUUCAGGCAUACCUCCCAUAUACAAGAGAGGGUCGGGCACUACACCGCAUCAGAUACUCUGAAAGAAAGAUACGGGAUUGCCCUCUACUGAACAAACGCA